ACAAAAACCAUGAUCCACAUUUAUCCCUAAACACUCACCAAAAUUCUGCUGGACUCCACCGUAAUUUGUGCCUCACUCGAUCCCUAUCUCAUAAUUCGGACCCACUUAUCUCUCUUUCUCGAUUCAUUUUCCGGCCACCACACCCUUUCCUUCCGGCGAAACAUUCUCACGAACUUCACUUCACUCUUUGCACAAAAAAACCUUUUCAACUCUUCGCCUUUGGGGUUCAGCCCCCUGAUUCAACGACGCCGUUCAUCGGCUUUGCAAAUUAGGGCUCCGCGCCUUCCGAUUUCACUGCCACGGAAUAGGGUUUUGGGUUUCGGCGAUGCCGCGGAGUUCGAAGCAGAAAUCGAGCAAGCACGGUUCGAGAGACGCGAGGGAGCACUCGGACUCCGAGAGGGAUUCCGGUUUGAAGGAUCACCGGAAGGGGAAGGACGAGAGUGUUGCUACCAAGGCUUUGAAGGAUUCUGGUUCGAGCGAGAAGCGGAAGGUCGAUUCGAAGGACGGGACCGGAAACGGGGAACAUUCCGAUGAGUACUACGGCACAUCGAAGCGGCGCAAGGAGCGGAGCGGUGACGGUGGAGGAGAGAAGCGGAAUGGCGACAAGGACGAGCGAGCGAGGGGCGACGGCAAGCAGCACAGGGAUUCGGGUCGGAAGGAAAGUAGAGAAGGUGCGGCGAAGGUUAAGGAAGGUAGGAACGAGAGAUCGGUUGAUAAUGAAGAUCUGAGAAUAUCAAAGCAAGGUUAUGAAAAUACUGAUUUGAGGAAAGUGGAUGAAUUGCGAAGCACUGAACUUGAUAACCAGCUUGAGAGGCGAAUGCGGAAGAAGAGGGACUCUGGUGACAGCGAUAAGCAUCAAGAUAAUGUUGGAGAUAGUUAUGAUAGACAUUUGUCUUUGAGGGAUGAGAAUGCCAAGGGUGGAAGGCAGAAGGAUGGGAAAAGAAAGGAUGAGAAAUAUAGAGACAAGCAUAGGGAAGAGACAGACAGGGAGAGCAAACGUCGACAUGACAAGCAACGAAAUGAGCAUCCUGCAAAAGAUCAUACUAGCGUUAAGUCUGAUGAUAAACAUGAAAGGGAAGAAAGGCAUAGUUUAGAAUUAAGACAAAAAAGAACCAAGCUUCCAGAGGGUGACCAUGAGCAAGACCAUAACCGUGAACGAGACCGUGAUUUGGAAUCUGGUCGUGACCGGGAGCAGCCCAAUGAACGUGUUCAUGAACGUGAUUAUGAUCUUGAUAGGGAUCGUGAUUAUGACAGAGAUCGAGAUUGGUACUGGGAUCGAGAUCAUGACCGUGACCGUGAUCGUAAUCAUGAUCGUGACCGCCACCGUCACCGUGAUCGUGAUGGGUCACGUGUGGAUGAUCGAAGUGCCAAAGGCAAAGAUAGUGGGGCAAAGAAAAGAACUUUGAAUGACCAUGAUGAUUAUAUUGAUGCUAAAUCUAGAGUUACUAAAGGCCAAUAUCCUGAUGGAGAGAAGAGAAGCUUGAGCAGCGGUAAAGCUGAUUCUGAUGUUGACAAGGGAAGAUCCCAACCACGGCAAGCUUUUGCAGAUUCAACUGGGACGGUCAAAAGACACAGAUCUUCUCCUACAUCAAAUACACAUAUUGGCAAAGAUGAAUAUAGGAAUGCAAAUUCUGAUGAUCCAAUGUAUAGAGAAUCAAUGAUAGAACAGAGAACCAGAGGCUCACGAGAGGGGUUUUCUGGAAUAUUAGAGAGAGGCCCUAAAUACAAAUCAAUGGAAAAACCCUUCAAAAUAGAUGAUGGUCCUGUAGGGGAUUUGUCAACAGAAAGGUCUUCCAGUGCUAAGGCUGCUCCCAAGGGCCAGAUGGAAAGAUCUCCUUCCAUAAGCAUUGAACGCAGGUACAUGAAUAAAAGUGGUGUUAGGCAGAGCCUUGAAAUUGAAGAAAGGGGAAGGAGGAACAGUGUUGAGGGUAGAGAUUUCUCUACUUCUGACGGAAGACUUGGCCGGGAGUUGACUCAAGAGAAACCACCAUUGGACGAGCCCCCUCAAGCAGAAUCAUCGUUUUAUGGUAGGGGUAGUCAAGGCAAUGCUUCAGUAAUUCCUCCACCACCAGCUUUCAGGGCUGCACUAGACAGACCAUUUAUGGGUUCUUCAGAGGAUGAUGUUAGAGAUAACUCCAAUACUCGAUACAGAAGAAGUAGUGAUCCUGGUUUUGGAAGAGGGCAUGGAAAUUCUUGGAGGGCUGUUCCAAACUGGACUUCACCAGUGCCUAAUGGAUUUGUUCCUUUCCAACAUGGGCCAGCACAUGGAGGUUUUCAAACAAUGAUGCCUCAGUUUACAUCUCAACCUCUCUUUGGUGUUAGGCCUUCAAUGGAAGUUAACCAUGCUGGUAUUCCUUAUCAUAUUGGUGAUGUUGAUAGGUUUCCAGGUCACUUGCGCCCACUUGGGUGGCAAAAUGUGAUGGAUGGUGCAGGCCCUGCUCAUUUGCGUGGAUGGGAAAGUAGUAACGGUGUCUUCAGAGAUGAUCCUCACAUGUAUGGUGGUUCUGAUUGGGACCGGAACAGGCAUUCAAUAAAUAGUCGUGGAUGGGAAUCUGGUUCAGAGACUUGGAAAGAACAGAAUGGUGAUUCUGAGGACUUGCCUUCCCUAGCUGGCAAAGAUGAAUCAGUUCCUGUGCGGGUGGAUGAUGGUUUGACUGAUCAGUCUAUUCAGGUGUCUCGAGAUGAUGAACACAGCCGGGAUGAAUUUCAUGAGAAAUCUCCUAAAACAAAAUCGUCCAGUGUAUCUCCAGCAAAAGUAGCUUUGAACUCUUUGUCUACAACUGCAUGCAAAAAGGGGCUUGAUUCUUCGACACCAAGUGACUAUCCUGCUCUUUUCAGCCAGUUUUACCUUUCCAAACUCGACAUUUCAGCAGACCUAGUAAUUCCAGAGUUAUAUGACCAGUGUAUGUGUUUGGUAAAUGUUGAUAAGAAUACAUCCAAUGAUGCAGAUGUUAGUGCAAAACUAUUCCAGAAGAAUGGCUCAAGAGCACGAAAGAUAUAUGCUGCCACUUUUUCAAGGCAUUCACCUUUGCCCGCAAUUGAUGAUUCCCUCUUCCAGAGAGCCAUAGAUCUUUACAAGCAGCAGAGAACGGAACUGCUUAGUGAUGGGAAAGUAGAUAUUAUUUCAGCAUCCAAUCAGGUGCUAGUGGAUGAAUCAGUUCCUCUUCCCAGCUUGGUGAGUGAGCAGAUUUCUGCCUCAGCUUUGGAUGAAAUGGACAAUGUGCCAAUGCCUACAUUUGAACAUAAGAAAAUGGAAGCUCUCUCUCCUGCUAAGGAGAAUUUGGAAGAGAUUGAUCAAACCUGCAGUCAAAAGGAGCUGGAUCAUGAUUGUAACCAUUCUUCGAAGCUAGUCAUUUCUAGUCCAUCUUGUGGUCACGAGAAGCAAAGAGAGCCUGUAGCAGGUUUGUGUGAGAAAGAGGACAAAGUCAUUUCUGAUAUGGUGAAUUCGGGGAAUGCAGAGGAGAAAAGCCCCAUGGCAUUCAAAAAUGAACUUCAGUUAUCUCCAACAUUGCACGAUGAUGGUGAUAACAUGAAUAACAAAGCUAAAAGUACUGGUUUUGCCCAUCGUGCAGAUGAAAAGCGGGGUUUCGAUGACACAAUGAUUAGACCCUUAAUUUUUGAGGAUGGUUCUCCCAGAGCUUGUGAUGCUUUGAUGCCUGGGUCAAAUGAGUCUGAGUCGCUAAUUUUAAGCCGGAUACAUCAUUCUCCUGAAAGUACACAUUGAGACAAUUUCUUUAUCUUUCAUUGCUUUUAUCUAUUAGGUUUUUAUUUCCUCCCCCAUUUCUGUUCCUUUCAUUUUAAGCGAGGAAAUAAAAGCAAAUGGCAUUCAUGUUCCCUUAGAAUAGGGUUUUUUAGACCAUCCAUCCAUUCCUGCAUGUCUCAUACGUUGCAUUUCUGCAUGAGCAUGUCGCAGCAGCACUGAGCAUCUCAGUGAAGUUGCACUGCCCAUCUGCAUGAAUGGGAUGGGGUAUAAUACGACUCGUAAGUUUCAG